AUAUUAAAUUUUGAUUUCAGUUUUAGAUAUUUUAAGAGAUUAAUAUUCAAAGAAAUGGAUAGCUAUCGCUAGAUGAAUUUAGGUUAAAAUAAACUCUUCCCUGAUACAAACACAAUAAAUAGCAGAUAUAUUUCACCUUAUGGAACUAGAAAAUUUGAAUCAACUAUUCCAGUUUAGGGAUAAGUUUAAGGCUUGAGCACCAUUAGAUCAGAUAAUUUUUAAUUUGAAUAAAACAGAUUUACUAAUAAUAUGAAGGAAGAAUAAAAUUAUAUUCCAUAAAAUUCAUAGUUUGGCAAUUUUAAGUAAUCAUAAAUUGUCUUAGGAGAUUAAAAGCCUUCAAUACCUCCUUAUUAGUAAGGAAUCAAUUAGAAUAUUAAUUCUAAGAUCUACUUAUCUCAUAAUCUACAAAAUAUGAAUAAUGACUUUAUAAGAUAAAACAAGGAAUAUUAGCAAACAAUCUAUAAAAAUUUGGCUAAUCACUUAAGCGUAACAGAAGAAAAUGACAUUCCUUAGUUUGUAUUUUUUUUAUUGAGAGAAGAGGAUGAUAAUAUUAAAAACUAUAGAGAAAGAGUAGAAAGAGAUAAAGAAAAAGUAGUCAACCAACUUGAUCACAUGAGAAGAUAAAUAACCAACUUAAUUGAUGACUUAUAGACUCAUCUUCAUCAUUAAAUAGAUUAGCAUUUUUUGCUUUUUAUUGAAAAAUAUAAAAUUUUUAAAUAAGAAAUGAUUUCCUAUAAAAGCAUAAGCCAUGAUUUAAUUGAAGCAUAACUAAAGUAUUAGUAAACACCUCAUUAAAUGAUAAAAUAGCUUACUUAACCAAAGCAAUAUUUAGGCAAAAAUAAUACCUAAAUUAUAAGAGAACUUGAUGAAAUUUAAUAAAGAAAUGAGUUUGCUAAAGUUUAAUAGUAUAUUUAAUAAUGCCAAUCUUCUUAUACUAGAGGACUCACAGAAGUUUCUACUCAUCUCAUGUCAUUACUAUCUUCUCCAUAACCAUUUUAUAAUACACAAGCUGGUGAAGAGAGCUUUGAGUUGAUAAAGAAUACUUUUGCAAAGCACAUAAGUUCAUAAUUUAGUGAUCCGAAGCCAUUCAUAAAGCCACUUGAUGAUUUUUCAUCAAAUCAAUCUUAAAUAGAAUAGAAACUGAUUUAUUCGAAAUAUAUUUGA